AUGGAUUCUGAUGCACAAUCGUCUGCAUUUUCGUUCUACGAUGCCAGCCAGGACAUCCAGCUGAAUCUCACGCCUUCUCAGGGGGAUCUCAGCUCGACAUUUACGCCGAUAGUGGAAACAGAAAGAGUCAAGGUGAUAUGGGGGACCACGAUAAAUAUCCAGGAAACGGCAGAACGGUUCAAGGAAUUUGUCAGGAGAAACAGGGAUUACCACACCAUCCUUGAACAAAUGGAUCUUACCCAGGAGUUUGUAUUCGAUCUCCAUUGUGACGACCUUGACGCCGAUCUCAAGAGCCAGCUUGCAAUGUAUCCGCAGGAGGUGCUUCCGAUCUUCCAGGGCUCCUUGCAAGAAAUAUACAUGGAAAACUUCCCAAGCUUUGGCGGGCUGAUCAGAAUCAGGCCGUUUGGAAUAGGAAGGCCCCUAUCGAUAAGAAACAUAGAUCCAAACGACAUCGACAAAAUUGUGCAAAUAAGCGGGAUGGUGAUCAGAUCCUCUUCUGUGAUUCCAGAAAUUGUAAGGGCCUUCUUCCGAUGCUCUAGGUGUGGGCAUGAAUGCCUUGUGGAGAGUGUGAGGAACGUGAUCGAUGAGCCCAACAAGUGUGAGUGCGGAGGGAAGUAUACACAACAGUUGGUCCACAAUGCAAGCGAGUUUGAGGACAAGCAGGUGGUGAGGAUUCAGGAGCUGCCCGAGGGGAUUCCCAAUGGAACAACACCGAUGGCGAUGACAAUAGUGUGCAGGAACGAGUUCGUUGACGGCCUUGUUCCCGGAGACAGGGUUAAGCUGACGGGGGUUUUGAAGGCAACGCCUGUGCGGCUCAAUCCUGUUAUGAGGAAGAUUAAGAGCACGUUUAGGAUUUAUCUUGACCUCCUCAGCUACCAGGUAAUAAACAGAAAGAUCGAGAGUAGCGAUCCGAUUGACAAGAUUGACGAGCUGAGGAAAAGGCCUGAUGUAUAUGAAAUACUGGCAAAUUCUGUGGCACCUUCUGUAUGCGGGAUGGAGGACACAAAAAAGGCCUUGGUUCUUCAACUCUUUGGAGGAGUCCGCAAGGAGCUGGGAAGCUCGAGACUCAGAGGAGACAUAAACAUACUCCUGGCAGGAGACCCUGGAAUAUCAAAAUCGCAGCUACUGAGCUUCAUACACAGGACGUCUGAGAGGGGGAUGUACACCAGCGGAAGAGGGUCCAGUGCAGUUGGACUGACUGCAAGCGUAGCUAAAGACCCGGAUACAGGACAGUUUAUUCUAGAAUCCGGUGCUCUUGUGCUGUCUGACAAUGGGAUAUGCUGCAUUGACGAGUUCGACAAGAUGAGUGACAGUACAAGGAGCGUGCUUCACGAGGUGAUGGAGCAGCAGACUGUCUCUGUUGCGAAGGCCGGAAUCAUAACCACGCUGAAUGCAAGGUGUUCGAUUCUUGCAAGUUGCAACCCGAUUGAAAGCAAGUACAAUCCCCGGAAGAGUAUAGUAGAGAACAUUAAUCUCCCUCCAACUCUGCUGAGCAGAUUUGAUGUUGUCUGCCUGAUGAUCGAUAGGUGCGACGAGUUCUAUGACAGAACGAUAGGAGACCACAUAGUGUCCCUAUACUCCGAGGAGACGCAGAGGAAGGAAUACAUUGACGCAGACCUUCUCAAGGCAUAUGUGAGAGAGGCAAGAAGAAUAGUGCCGAGACUAACUCCCGAGAGUAUGAAGAUGCUGACGCAAUCAUAUGUGGAUCUUAGACAGAUGGAUAAUGGCAAGACCAUAACAGCAACAACAAGGCAGUUGGAGAGCUUAAUUCGGCUAAGUGAAGCACAUGCCAGAAUGAGGUUUUCGAAUGCUGUUGAGGCCAAGGAUGUCAGGGAAGCAGUUCGAAUAAUAAGGGAAAGCCUCCUUAUGUAUGCGAUCGAUCCAUCCACCGGAAAGGUUGAUAUGGACAUGAUAAUUACGGGUAGAAGUACAUUUAAAAACAGGAUGUUGGAAAACCUAAAGGAUGCAAUUCUCCUUAUGGUCAAAGGCAAGGCCGAGGUUUCUGAUGUGGUUAAAAACACUGGUGCAGAGGAAAAGAUGGUGCUGGAGGCCCUGGAAGAGCUUGUGCUUGAGGGCAAAAUGAUUGCUUCUGUACAGGGGUCCUGCUAUGAAAGAAUAAGCGAUUAG